ACUGUUUCUUCUGUGGCGUCUGUGUGGAAACUGCCACACACACUCCAGAACAACAACGGCUUUUGCUUGUAUCUUCCAGUGUUUCUUUUGUCAGCGAGUUCAGCAAAGUUGUAAUUCAAGUGCCAGCCCUGAUCAGUGUGAGGAACCAGCAACAGAGAUGGUAAAAAUGACAAAAUCCAAAACGUUCCAGGCUUACCUGCCAAACUGUCAUCGAACUUACAGCUGUAUCCACUGCAGAGCCCAUCUAGCCAAUCAUGAUGAACUGAUUUCCAAGUCCUUUCAGGGAAGCCAGGGGCGAGCCUACCUCUUUAAUUCAGUGGUGAAUGUGGGCUGUGGUCCCGCAGAAGAGAGAGUUCUUCUGACAGGCUUGCAUGCAGUAGCAGAUAUUUAUUGUGAAAACUGCAAAACCACUCUUGGGUGGAAAUACGAACACGCAUUUGAGAGCAGUCAGAAGUACAAAGAAGGAAAAUUCAUCAUUGAACUCGCCCACAUGAUCAAAGACAACGGCUGGGAGUAAAAUUGGAAUAUUCUCAUUCUUUGUGGACAAUCUGUGGAACGUGCUUUAUAAAGACUAAUGCAAACAAACGAUAAAAAAAGGAUUUUGGUUGAGGUGGCUGAGAAAAUCACUGAAUUUUUGAAACCUCCAAAAUAAGUAGUGUAAUUUGUGGCUCCCCCCCUUUCCAGGCCAUGUUUUUGCCUUCUCUUCUUUGUGUAAGUUCCCCUCUUUUGUAUAUGUAUUCCUGUGUGAACAAUUUUGGAGAAACUUUUUUCUAAGCUCCUAACUCCUAGAGGAAUAGUCCCUUAAAGGCACAUUAGUUUGACUGGCUGGCAUCUAUCUUUCGACCUCUGCCUUUGAACACUCCUUUCC